AUGCCUGUCGUUAACCCCGAGAAGCUGGCGAGUCUCCAGCGGCAGUCCAACGACAUACGAAACAUCUGUAUCCUCGCCCAUGUCGACCAUGGCAAAACGUCACUCACCGACGCCCUGCUUGCCACCAACGGCAUCAUCUCGCCCAAGCUGGCCGGCAAGAUUCGGUACCUGGACUCCCGCCCCGACGAGCAGACCCGAGGCAUCACCAUGGAGUCCUCGGCCAUCUCGCUCUACUUUUCCAUGCUCCGCAGAUCCGCCCCGGACGCCACCCCGGAACCCAAGGAGUACCUCAUUAACCUCAUCGACUCGCCCGGCCACAUCGAUUUCAGCAGCGAGGUGUCUACCGCCUCGAGACUGUGCGACGGAGCGGUCGUGCUGGUAGACGCGGUAGAAGGAGUCUGCAGCCAGACCGUCACUGUGCUGCGGCAGUCGUGGAUCGAGAAGCUCAAGCCGCUGCUCGUCAUCAACAAGAUUGACCGCCUCGUGACCGAGCUCAAGAUGACACCUUCCGAGGCCUACGUGCACCUCAGCAAGCUCCUAGAGCAGGUCAACGCCGUCCUUGGCAGCUUCUUCCAGGGCGAGCGGAUGGAGGAGGACCUCAACUGGAGAGAGAAGAUGGAGGAGCGUGUCACCGCCGCCGCCGCCGCCAAGGCGUCCGCCGACGACCUGGUCGACGACGCCGGCGAGCUGCAGUUCGAGGAGCGCGACGACGAGGACAUUUACUUUGCGCCCGAGAGGAACAACGUCAUCUUCAGCAGCGCCAUCGAUGGCUGGGCCUUUACGUGCCGUCAGUUUGCGAGCCUGUACGAGAAGAAGCUCGGCAUCAAGCGAGGCGUCAUGGAAAAGGUGCUGUGGGGCAGCUUCUAUCUUGACCCCAAGACGAAAAAGGUGCUGGGGCCCAAGCAUCUCAAGGGCCGCAACCUCAAGCCCAUGUUCGUGCAGCUGGUUCUCGAGCCCGUGUGGACCGUCUACCAGGCUACCUGCGGCGGUGACAGCGGCAAAGGCGACCCCGCACUGCUGGAAAAGGUCACAAAGUCUUUGGGCCUCACCAUCCCACCACAUAUCAUCAGGGCCAGGGAUCCGCGCCUGCUUCUCACUACCGUCUUUGCGUCUUGGCUCCCGCUGUCGACGGCGCUGCUGGUUUCCGUCAUCGAGUCCUUGCCCUCCCCGCCCGCUGCGCAGGCCGAGCGGUUGCCGGAGCUGCUGGAGGACUCGCCAGGCUCCGAAGCCAUUGACCCAGCCAUCAAGGAUGCCAUGGUUUCAUUCAAGCACAGCAAGUCCGACCCCGUGGUGGCAUAUGUCAGCAAGAUGGUGUCCAUUCCAGAGAGCGAGCUUCCCGAGAACCGGAGAAAGACAACCGGGCAGAUGACGGGCGAGGAGGCGCGAGAGCUGGCAAGACAGAAGCGCGCCGAGGCCGCUCGCGCACAAGCCGCCCGGGAGACAAAUGGGAUUGACAGCCUGACCGACGCGCUCAGCUCCGCCAACAUAAACGACGCCACGCAGGACACGGAGGAGAAGAAGGUCGACCCGGAACAUCUCAUCGGCUUUGCCAGAAUCUACUCGGGCACACUGUCAGUCGGGGACACGCUCCAUGUUAUUCCGCCCAAGUGGUCGCCAGCGGAACCCAACGCAGACCCGAAGCCGCAAGAGGUCAAAGUCACGGCUCUUUACAUGCUCAUGGGGCGGAAUUUGGAGGCGCUCGACUCCGUUCCGGCCGGCGUCGUCUUCGGCAUCGGCGGCCUGGAGGGCAAGAUUCUCAAGUCGGGCACUCUGUGCAGCCGGAUCGACGGCGCCGUGAACCUGGCGGGCGUGAGCAUGACCGGCCAGCCCAUCGUGCGGGUUGCGCUCGAGCCUGUUAACCCAGCAGAUCUAGACAAGAUGAUUCACGGCCUACACCUUUUGGUUCAGAGCGACCCCUGUGCCGAGUACGAGCAGUUCUCCAGCGGCGAGCACGUCCUCCUCACCGCCGGCGAACUACACCUCGAACGAUGUUUGUUGGACCUCAAGGAGCGCUUCGCCCACUGCGACAUCCAGGCCGGUGCCCCGAUCGUGCCCUACCGAGAGACGAUUGUGCGUGCGGAGGAAAUGCGGCCGCCGGUGAAUAAGGACCUGGGCCGCGGCGUGGUUGUAGGCACGACGAGCUCAAAGCAGGUGACCCUGAGGAUUCAGGUCAGGCCCCUGCCCGCCAACGUCACCGACUUUCUCCUCAAGAACGGCGACUCGAUCAAGCGGCUAUACGCUGAGAGGCGCUCCACAGACGAGGAGCAGGAGCAAGGGGGAGAAGCCGACACGGACGUGGUGGCGGACACAACUGUCACUGCCAGCACCACGCUGUCGGCCGAGGAGCUGAAGCAGCAGCUGCGACAACAGCUCGAGGCUGGCAAGGGACGGGAGAUUUGGAAGAACCGGAUUGACCGUAUUGCUGCAUUUGGCCCCCGGCGAACAGGCCCCAACCUGCUCAUCGACGCGACCAAGGAUGGCGUACUGGACCUGGUGUUUGGCACUAAGACGAUCGACACCACGGCCCCACGCGCGGGAGAGUCACUGCACCCCUGCCAUCUGGCCGACAAGAUCACCUACGCCUUCCAACUGGCAACGGCGCAGGGCCCGCUCUGCCACGAGCCCAUGCAAGGGAUUGCUAUUUUCGUCGAGGAGGUCGCGCUGAACCUGUCUGAGGACGACUCGUCGGCGCGAGACAAGCUUGGGCGGCUGACGGGCGAAGUCAUCAAAUCUGUGCAGUCUUGCGUGCGCGCUGGGUUCCUGGACUGGUCGCCGCGCCUCAUGCUGGCCAUGUACACGGUGGAGAUCCAGGCGUCGACCGAGGUGCUGGGGCGGGUAUACGACGUGCUUACGCGGCGGCGAGGGCGGGUGGUGGCGGAGAUCAUGAAAGAGGGAACGCCGUUCUUCACAAUCCAGGCGCUGCUGCCCGUGGCCGAGAGCUUCGGGUUCGCGGACGAGAUGCGCAAGCGGACGAGUGGCGCGGCACAGCCGCAGCUCAUCUUUGCGGGCUUCGAGAUCCUGGACGAGGACCCGUUCUGGGUGCCCUUCACCGAGGACGACCUCGAGGACCUGGGCGAGCUGGCGGACCGCGAGAACGUGGCCAAGCGCUACAUGGACGGCGUCCGGCGCAAGAAGGGCCUGCUGAUUGAGGGUCGGCACGUGGCGACGGACGCGGAGAAGCAGAAGACUCUGAAGCGGUAG